CAACCAUCUAAACAUAACAGAUGACAUCAGCUUUGGGCUUUUCAAUUCCUGGAUGGCAGCGGCCGUGUUAAUCCAGCCUUCAUCCUGGAUUUCAUAAACUCAAACAAGAGAGCCUGCCAGGGGGAUAGCGCUGCCGCUGUCUUGAGGAAAUUGAUGACCGGGAACCAGUGUAUAAAGCUCAUCAACGUGCAGGCAGGCGGAGGCUCAGCUACCACUUUGGAUAGCGGCUGCCCACCAGCGAAGACAGCGGUGGGGUGGGGGCGGGUUGGGGGCGAGCCUUAGCCAGCCGGGAAACAUGAGAGGCCUCUUGCUGCUGACCACACUCCUGGUCCCUGCACACCUGACCGUGGCCUGGAGCACCAAGUAUGCAGUGGAUUGCCCAGAGCGCUGUGACAACGCUCAGUGCCGAAGCAGCAUCCUGCGCUGCAAGAGGCUGGUGCUAGAUGACUGUAGUUGCUGCCCGGUGUGUGCAGCGGGGCCGGGAGAAACGUGCUACCGGACGGUCUCGGGCAUGGACGGAGUCAAGUGUGGCCCGGGGCUCCGAUGUCAGUUCUACAAUGAGGAGGAUGAUUUUGGUGACGAGUUUGGUAUCUGCAAAGAAUGCCCCUAUGGCACCUACGGGAUGGAGUGCAAAGAGACCUGCAACUGCCAGUCGGGCAUUUGUGACCGGGUGACCGGGGAAUGUCUGAAGUUCCGCUUUUUCCACCACCCAGCAGUCAAGUCCCCCACCAGGACGCUCUCUUCGCCUGCAGAGCGAGAAGUUGCAUCUGGAGAUGGCAAUACCGUGAGAGAAGAGAUUGUGAGAGAGAAUCCUGCUCGGUCGCCUGUCAUGAAAUGGUUAAAUCCACGUUGAUCCUGGGUUGGAGUGUCUAGAGAAGGCUCUACUUUAGUGAUCAAUACUCGGCCGACAUUUUAAGAACUGUCUAGAUUGUAGAAUAUGGACAUGUAAUUGUUGAAGAUCAAGUGUGAUUCGGAGUGGAUCCAGAAAAAAAAAAAAUAGGCUACAUAUGACUGACAGAUAUUUGUUACAUAUUUAAUGCAUAUAGAUUUGUUAAUUGUGAGUGUGUAGUAACACCGAGGAUCGACAAAUGCGAUUUAGAUGAUCUGCAUAGGGCGAAGAGUAAUUAAAAAAACAAACCCAAAACCAGAACACCCUCAAAGUGAGUAAAGCCUGUAAGAAUUUGAGCAAUAGCCUUGAAUUGAGCUAAUGCUAAUGUUGUCAAGGUGGUUCUGGGCAAAGGGUGAAUUCACGCUUCUAUUAUUGACUAAAAUUGACUGACAGAGUGCCGCUUUGUGAGACAGAGCUGAUGAAGUAUGUUGCUUCCUUGGGGUAUGCGAAGGGGUAAAUAUUUAUAUAUUUUUAUAAAAUGUGUUAGUUCAAGCCAUCCUCCAUUCUCAUCUAUCUUGCCUUACUAGGGAAAUGAACUUAAUACUAUUUAAAAUUAUUGCAGUAAAGAUAUAUCCCAUAACUAAGGUUCUCAAAAUCCAGACAUAGCAGUUUUAUUAUGGAUAAUUAUGGUAAAAUCAACAAGAAAAACGUAAGUCACUCUGAAGUUGUAAAAUGUCAAAAAAUAAGCAACAGAACCAAUUGUUUUUUCAGAAUGCCAUGACUUGGACUAAUUUUAAACCUAAAGUAGAAGAUAACUAUCUAGAAAGCUUGUGAAAGAAGAAAGGAUUUUCAGCACAAAACACAAUUUUAACAUACAAUUUAUUUUCUUUCAAACUUGAUUGAAAAGUGGAAUGAGGAGGAACUUCGGAUGACCAGGACUCUUGCAGAAAAUGUUCUUAGGAAAUAUCGACAGAAGUCUUAUUUGAAAUGAAGGACUUAUUUAAAAAUUAUUUCACUAUUUACUUAUAUUUUAUUCUCCAAGUCCGCCAACAGAGUUGUGAAUGUCUCUUGAAUGUAAGUAAGCAAAAUAAGCUGUUAGGUUUAGUUUUAAAAGAACAAGUUGACUAUUGUUCAAUAAAAACAAAAGACGACAAA